AUGGAUGGUUAUGGAUUCAGUGGGAUACUACCUGAGCUGCGUCAUCGCAAUCUCCAUCAUUCUGAUGUUGUUCUUGAUGGCACCAACUACAUUGCAUGGCGGCUCACUAUUAAGCGAAUUCUUGAUGGCAUCCGUGUUCUUCAUCACGUUGAUGGUACCGGUACUGCUCCUACUGCCCCUUCUAUCCCUGACACCAUUCCCUCCACCGAGGCCUCUGUUCUUCUCACAGUCUUUGAGCAGCAGUUUGAGAAAUGGGCUGCUGACGAUUCUACAGCUAAGAUGAUAAUCUGUCAGACGGUCACUCUUGAUAUUCGUACUCAGAUUGCUGAUCUUUCCACUGCUCUGGAGAUGUGGGACUAUCUUGAGCGCCGCUACUGUGGUUCCAGUGAGGCACAACUUUACACCUUAUAUCAGUCUUUCUCUAGUCUUCAGCAGGGCGAGAAUACUGUCGACCAGUUCUAUAGCCGGUAUUGUGCCUUAUGGCGUCAGAUUGAUGCUCUAACUCCUCCUUACUGUGCUACUCAUGCUGCCCAGAUCCUGACUUGUUCUGAGUCUUGCUCACGUCGUAGUAGUCAUGAUGGGACACGACGUAUGUAUGAGUUCAUUAUGCGCCUUCGUCUUGAGUUUGAGCAAACUCGGGCUCAGUUACUGCAUGCCCCCUCGGUCUAUUCUUUGGAUGAUGCUUUCACUUUUGUUCGUGCUGAGAAAAUCCGUCUCCGGGCUUCCAUUACAGGGGGAGGUAAUGCUCUUGCUGUCCCUCGCCUUUCUUCUGUCUCUUCGUCUUCAUCUACUAGACCCCCGGCUUUUUCUGUCUCAUCUCGGCCUUCUUCUACACGGCCGAAACGCACUGUGAUUUGUCACUGCUGUGGUAUGUUUGGUCAUCUCAAGCGUGAAUGUUGACUUCCGCGUUCUGCUCCUUCACCACCUCUUCUACCGCUACCUCACUCCCAUCAGCAGGCAUAUUCUGUCCAGGGCUCUCCUGCUCUACUGUCUCCGGCUACAUCAUCAUCUCCUUCACUGUCUCCUGCCGAUCAUCAGUUGUUGGCGAUGUUUCGACAGUUUCAGCAGUCUCAUCUCGCCGACUCCUCUGGCCAUGCACGGUCAGCUCAGGUUCCUCCUUCUACUCCAGGAUCAUAGUGGGAAGGUGAUUGGAGCGGGCCGCCGCCAUGAUGGAGUCUAUGUGUUGGAUACUCUUCAUUUGUCCUCUUCCGCUAAG